AUGGCGGCGGCGGGAACCGGCCCCGGCCCGGGAGCGGGUGCCGGCCCCGGCCCGGGAACGGCCGCGAAUGCAACAGCGGCGGAAGAGGGGGAGACGAAGCCGGUGGCAGCGGUCACAGCUGCCCCGGCCGCCGCGGAGGGGACGUCUACGACUCCUGCCGCUGAGCCCAGUGCCGGGGAGGCUGAGAGUGGGGAUGCAAACUUGGUUGAUGUAAGUGGUGGUUUGGAGACAGAAUCCUCUAAUGGAAAAGAUACACUAGAAGGUGCUGGGGAUACUUCAGAGGUGAUGGAUACUCAGGUGGGCUCCGUGGAUGAAGAGAAUGGCCGGCAGCUGGGAGAGGUAGAGCUACAGUGUGGGAUAUGUACCAAGUGGUUCACUGCAGAUACAUUUGGCAUAGAUACCUCAUCCUGUCUUCCUUUCAUGACCAACUACAGUUUUCAUUGCAAUGUAUGCCAUCAUAGCGGGAACACCUAUUUCCUCCGGAAGCAAGCAAAUUUGAAAGAAAUGUGCCUUAGUGCUUUGGCUAACUUAACAUGGCAGUCCAGAACACAGGAUGAACAUCCGAAAACCAUGUUCUCCAAAGAUAAGGAUAUUAUACCAUUUAUUGAUAAAUACUGGGAAUGCAUGACGACCAGACAGAGACCUGGGAAAAUGACUUGGCCAAAUAACAUUGUUAAAACAAUGAGUAAAGAAAGAGAUGUAUUCUUGGUAAAGGAACACCCUGAUCCUGGGAGUAAAGACCCGGAAGAAGAUUACCCCAAAUUUGGACUUUUAGAUCAGGACCUUAGUAACAUUGGUCCUGCUUAUGACAACCAAAAACAAAGCAGUGCUGUGUCUACCAGUGGGAAUCUAAAUGGGGGAAUUGCCGCAGGAAGCAGCGGGAAAGGAAGAGGAGCUAAGCGCAAGCAGCAGGAUGGCGGGACCACAGGGACCACCAAAAAGGCCCGAAGUGACCCUUUGUUUUCUGCUCAACGCCUUCCCCCUCAUGGCUACCCCUUGGAACACCCAUUUAACAAAGAUGGCUAUCGGUAUAUUUUAGCUGAGCCUGAUCCCCACGCCCCUGACCCUGAGAAGCUUGAACUUGACUGCUGGGCAGGAAAACCUAUUCCUGGAGACCUCUACAGAGCCUGCUUGUAUGAACGGGUUUUGUUAGCCCUACAUGAUCGAGCUCCUCAGUUAAAGAUCUCUGAUGACCGACUGACUGUGGUUGGAGAGAAGGGCUACUCCAUGGUGCGGGCCUCUCAUGGGGUACGGAAAGGUGCCUGGUACUUUGAAAUCACUGUGGAUGAGAUGCCACCAGAUACUGCUGCCAGGCUGGGUUGGUCCCAGCCCUUAGGUAACCUUCAAGCUCCCUUAGGUUAUGACAAAUUUAGCUAUUCUUGGAGGUGCAAAAAGGGAACCAAAUUCCACCAGUCCAUUGGCAGACACUACUCUUCUGGCUAUGGACAGGGUGACGUCCUAGGAUUUUAUAUUAAUCUUCCUGAAGACACAGAGACAGCCAAGUCAUUGCCUGAUACUUACAAAGAUAAGGCUUUGAUAAAGUUCAAGAGUUACUUGUAUUUUGAGGAGAAAGACUUUGUGGAAAAAGCAGAGAAGAGCCUAAAGCAAACUCCCCAUAGUGAGAUAAUAUUUUAUAAAAAUGGUGUCAAUCAAGGAGUGGCCUACGAAGACAUUUUUGAGGGGGUUUACUUCCCAGCCAUCUCACUGUACAAGAGCUGCACGGUUUCCAUUAACUUUGGACCAUGCUUCAAGUAUCCGCCAAAGGAUCUCACAUACCGCCCUAUGAGUGACAUGGGCUGGGGCGCUGUGGUCGAGCACACCCUUGCUGAUGUCUUGUACCAUGUGGAGACGGAAGUGGAUGGGAGGCGCAGUCCCCCCUGGGAACCCUGA